GAGUCCAAACUUUUGACUGGUACUGUAUAUGACACCUGCUGAAUCACUGGCAUGUCUCACACAGUGUGGACAGGAAAGGAAUCAGGCAGGUUUAUGACAAGGCUUGUGGUUUUGGAUACCUCAUGAGUAGGUUAGUAUUCUUCUCAUAUGAACCCACACAGUCCAAACCAGAGCCAUAUGGGCGAUAUCAUGUAAAACAUUUUUUUAAAUGAUAUUUCCCAUGUCUCCUCAGGAUAUUUUUAGGGUCUUUGCUAGUGUUAUGGUUAUCAGAGGGAGAAAGGUGUUGAGUGAUAUGCCAACAUUCCACUGUUCUUGAAUUCCAUCUUAUUUACAAAUAUGAUGCUUAUUGUUUUUGGGCAGAAAUAGGAGAGUUGGGACUCGAGUGCUUUGACAAACUGGUUCAGUGUUAAAUGUUCCCUGGAAAGGCUGGUGUUUGGUCUGUCUGGCCAGACCCAGGAAAUGAUGUCACAUCUACUGGCCCUUCCCCUGCUUUCACCUGAAAAGAAGGAGGGGCCAUACUGAGUCAGGCAAGAGGGUGGAAAAAAACAAGGAAGGAAGCUCUCAGUAGGCAUGUGUGUGUAUGUUUAGUUCUUCUGAAUGUGUGUUAGAGGAAAAAAUAAGGAUUUGGGGAUUUCAACACUAUUAAAGCCUUUCUAAAGAUGGAUAUGGAUGUUCCAGACCCUUCCCAUGGGAAUAUGGGGCUGCUGAGAACCUUUGACUCCUCUGAGUUUGGGAGCUGGGAGAAGAUAGGCUCGGGCGGAUUUGGACAAGUAUACAAAGUCCGGCAUGUACAGUGGAAAACAUGGCUGGCUAUCAAGUGCCCUCCCUGCCUUCAUGUAGAUGACAAGGAGCGAGCAGAGCUGCUGGAAGAGGCUAAGAAGAUGGAGGCGGCUAAGUUCCGCUACAUCCUGCCAGUGUAUGGGAUCUGUGGGGACCCCCAGGGCCUGGUGAUGGAGUACAUGGAGACAGGCUCCCUGGAGACCCUGCUGGCUGCUGAGCCUCUGCCCUGGGAGCUGCGCUUCAGGAUUAUCCACGAGACGGCGGUGGGAAUGAACUUCCUGCACUGCAUGAGCCCACCCCUCCUGCACCUGGACCUAAAACCUGCCAACAUCCUACUGGACGCACACUACCAUGUCAAGAUAUCAGAUUUUGGUCUGGCGCGAUGGAACGGCCUAUCCAGGGUUGAUGAAAUCAGCCGUGACGGGUUCUGUGGCACCAUUGCCUACCUGCCGCCGGAGAGCAUCAUCGAGAAGGACAGGGUGUCAGAAACCAAGCAUGACGUCUACAGCUUUUCCAUAGUCAUCUGGGGAAUUCUCACACAAAAGAAACCUUACCAAGGGGAGAACAACAUCCUGCAGAUCAUGGUGAAGGUGGUGAGAGGGGUGCGCCCUGACCUCAAUGUUGUGCCCCGGAGUCGACCCCAGGCCUGCACGGGGUUCCUGUGCCUCAUGCAACGCUGCUGGGCCACCUCACCUGACACCAGACCCAGCUUCCAGGAAAUCACAUCAGAAACGGAGGAGCUGUGUUCUAAACCCCAAGAGGACUCCAAGACCCAAACUCCUGAGCUCGAGAAUAACCACUGCCAUGGACUACCCACUGACAAGAAACCGGUCAGGCCCAAAUCGGCCAUGCUGCCAGAGAAAGACUACAGCCUAUCAGAGCUGCUGAGCCAGGUGGACUCUGGGAUAUCUCGGAGCUUUGACCGUGUGACGGAGGACUGCUGUCCCAGCAAAGACAACACCAGCAAGAGACUGUCAGGGAUCUCCUCUGUAGACUCUGCCUUCUCAUCUCAAGACUCCAUCACCCUCUCCUUUGAGAAAGAUAAUAUCUGUGACUCAGGGGAGGUGCAGAGGAGGAAGCUGAGCGACGCCAUCCGUACCAAAGACAUGUCCAAGCUGAUGAAGAUCCUGCAGCCUCAGGACGUGGACCUCUUAUUGGAGGGCGGCUGCAGCCUGCUCCACCACGCUGUCACGCAGGCCAAUGAGGAGGCCAUCAAGUUCCUGCUCCUCAACCACGCCAACACCAACCUGGCCAACGCUCGCGGCUCCACCCCACUCCACCUGGCCACCGAGAUGCACCUGAAGGGCCUGGCCGAGCUGCUGCUGGGCCGUCGGAGCACCAACGCCAACGCACGGGACGAGGACCAAUACACGGCCCUGCACUGUGCUGCUCAGAACGGGGACGAGGCCAUCACCCGCCUGCUGCUGGACCGCGGCGCCUCCAUCAAUGAGACGGACGCCCAGGGCCGCACGCCUGCACACAUCGCCUGCCAGCAUGGCCAAGAGAACGUGGUCAGGGUGCUGCUGAGCCGAGGUGCAGACGUCCACGUGAAGGGCAGAGAUGACUGGACGGCACUUCACCUGGCUGCCUGGCAGGGCCACCUGGGCAUUGCCAAACUGCUGGUGAAGCAGGCUGGCGCGGACGUAGACGGGCAGACCACUGACGGGCGCACGCCGCUGCACCUGGCCUCCCAAAGGGGGCAGUACAGGGUGGCAAGGAUCCUGAUAGAGCUGGGGGCAGACGUCCAUGUGACCUCCAUUGGCCUCCACACCCCCCUGCACGUGGCGGCUGAGACAGGCCACACCAGCACCUCCCGCCUCCUGGUCAAGCACAAUGCAGACAUCCAGGCCCAGACUGACCAGGGUCUUACCGCCCUCCACCUCGCUGCCCAACGCGGCCACUUGCCCACAGUGAAGAUGCUGAUGGAGGAAGGGGCAGACCCCUACUGCACCAAUCAGACCCUGCGUACCCCCUGCCACCUGGCGGCAGAGGGUGGCCACUGUGAGGUUUUCAAAGAGCUUCUGGACCACUGCCCUGAGGCUGUUAGUCUGUCAGACGAACAGGGCCUCACCCCUAUGCACCUGGCUGUGAGGGGAGGCUAUACAGAUAUCACCAGCAUGCUGCUGGCCCAGGGGGUGGAACUAUCACCGGAAGUACCACAGGACUCCAUCUCCCAGCAUACACAAGAGUUACAACAGGACUCCAUACCCCUGCCACAGGAUCUACCACAGGACUCCAUCCCCCAGGACACCCUGCAUCCAACAGCAGAGGACUGCCCAAAGCUCCUGGCUCGUAGUCCUAGCCAGUUGACCUUGCGGCUCCAGAGGAAGGUUGUAAUCUUGAAACUGACGGAGCGUGAGGGUAACGAAUGUCCAGAGUCCACUGGUGCACUGUGAGCCUCGGCCCUCCGUUGAGAGGAGGGAGUCACCCAGUGACUGGAUUGUACAGAACUGUCCUUGAAAUGAAAACAGUCAGGGAUCUCUUCUAUUCCCUUCCCCAUUGAUGUGAUGGGAGAAGUGUCCAAGCUAAAGAGACCAGCUGCUGUAUUGUGAUUUUGUUUUUUUGUACAUAGUAUUUUUGAUUGAUUGUGUGUUAUCAUUAUGUCAGUCUUUGACUGAUCAUUCAUUGCCAGAUGUUCUGAUUAUUUGGAGCUUUGGGCCUCUCAAAGCCCCUGUUAUCUUACUUUGGUAUCUUGUCAGGGAAGGAAUGCUUUAAUGUAAAUACACUGUAUAUAGAACCAUGAGCUCAUUUGGAUCAUUAUUUACUUUUUUCACUUCAUGUUAAAUAUAGACUCCAUGUCACGUUUCCCCCUUAAUAGUGUAACUUUUCUACUUUGCAUAUGCACAUUCGUACAUUCAUUGCCGUCUGUACAGAAAGAGAAUGUUGACAUCUGUGGAAUGCUCAUUUGUAUUUUAAUUUCCCAUCUACUUACUCGAGCUGGUAUGUUUAUCAUGUCCAUAAGUUAUAUUCUCUAAUAAAACAAGUUUCAAUACAA